GGCCGCGCCCAGCAGCGCCAGAGUUGUGCCAGAGUUGUGCAGAGCAGGUUUUAUUGACAGUUGCAGGAGCUGCAGGAGCUGAAGGAGGUCUGCGGCUAACAGCUUCACAGAUAGAGAACGACAAGAGGAGCAUCUGAACGUCAGCACCGCCGACAUGAGCAAGGACGAUUUAAUCCUCCCCAAGGACUUCCCUCAGCUGAAGAACGACACAUUCCUGCGAGCGACGCGAGGGGAAGAGACUGAACAUGUCCCUGUGUGGUGUAUGAGACAGGCGGGACGAUACCUGCCAGAGUUCCGUGAGUUCAGAGCAGGGAAGGACUUCUUUGACACCUGUCAGUCACCGGAGGCCUGCUGCGAGCUCACCCUGCAGCCUUUGAGACGUUACCCGUUCGAUGCCGCCAUCAUCUUCUCUGACAUCCUGGUUAUCCCACAGGCCAUGGGUAUGGAAGUCCAGAUGGUUCCAGGUAAAGGUCCCACUUUCCCGGAGCCCCUGAAGGAGCCAGAGGACCUGCAGCGUCUGCAGGCCAAAGUGGACGUAGGCAAAGAGCUGAGCUACGUCUUCAAAGCCAUCACACUGACCAGACACAAGAUAGAGGGCAAAGUGCCGCUCAUUGGAUUCACCGGAGCUCCGUGGACGCUGAUGGCCUACAUGAUUGAAGGUGGAGGCUCGAACACCCACUCUAAAGCGAAACGCUGGCUGUACCGGCACCCUGAGGCGAGCCACAUGCUGCUGAGGAUGCUGACAGAUGUGGUCGUGCAGUAUCUGCUGGGACAGGUGGCAGCUGGAGCUCAGGCUCUGCAGGUGUUUGACUCUCACGCCGGCAUUUUGGGCCCAGUCGAAUUUAAAGAGUUUUCUCUGCCGUAUCUUCGGGACAUCGCUCGCUCUGUCAAAGACAAACUGAAGGAGGAAGGAAAAGACGUCCCCAUGAUUGUGUUUGCAAAAGAUGCUCACUACGCUCUGGACGAUCUGUCUCAGUCUAACUAUGAGGUGGUCGGACUCGACUGGACCAUUGACCCACGAUCGGCACGGGAGCGCACAGGAGGGAAGGUCAGCCUGCAGGGAAACAUGGACCCUUGUGCUCUCUACGCUCCAAAGGAAAAGAUUUCAGACAUCGUGAAGAAAAUGUUGGAGGGUUUUGGCACGAGAGGCUACAUCGCCAACCUGGGACACGGCCUUUAUCCCGACAUGGACCCUGAGAACGUGGGCGCCUUCGUCGAGGCUGUGCACCAACACUCAAAACAGAUGAUCAAGCAAAAGUAAAAAGAUGAAUUGUGUUUGUUUUUAUAAAAAAAAAAAACAAAGCAGUCAGAAGAGUCCAUUCCUUGUAUGAAAAAUCAAAAAAAAACAUCCAGACCUUCAAAA